AUUCAUUCCUUAACUGCAAUCCUAGGCCACCGAGCCCAAGUCACUCUUUUUAGUCACUCCUUCCAGUCGUUCAUUCAACGCCGAACUUCUUUUUUCUCUCCGCUUCAAGACAACACUUCUUAGGAUACCCCUUCUACCUCCUCAACCAUCACCAUGCGUUUCGAAAUCACCGCCACCGCUCUCUCCAUGUUUGCCGCCGUCGCCUCUGCGACCUCUCAGGCCGGUUCGGUCGAGGCUCGCGGCGCGGACCUGUCCCAGAUGCCCGCGUCCAGCCUGGCGUCCGGCCUGGUUAGCAAGCUGCCCGUGCAGGUGGACGUGAACGACUACGACAAGUCCAGCGGCAACGUCGGCGUCGGCAUCGUGGCCAACCUGGGCAACAUCCCCAUGAUCGGCUCCCUUCCUCCCUUCACCCGCACCGUGACGGUGAACCUGACCGUCAGCGGUCUCUCCGGCUUGCUGCCCAACUAAGUGGGUUGAAGGAGGACUCCGGAACUGAGAUGGUGUACAUAAUUGAAACCUGUUGAAACUUCGUGCAUAAUAAG